AUGUCCACAUACGAGCAGUAUCUACGUGGCGAACAACAAAAAGAAAGAAAUAGACAAAGUGUGCAGUCUACUAACGAGAUGAAUAAAAGAGUCAGGUGAGAAAGAGAAUAAACUCACAAGGAUCUUCAAAAAUUGUCACUUUUCAGAGAUUUUAUAGCGGAUAUCGAGAAAUCUGCGAAAAAAGAAGCCGAAAUCCAAGAAAAGAAAUUUCAGAAUGAUUUAGAGGCUAUCAAUAAGAAGAUGGUGGAGACUGUGAACAGUGAGCCAUUUGACGAUCAGUACCGUCAUGAGAACACAGUUCAGACAUAAAAAGUGCGGGAAUAAAUGAGAAGAAAAAAAUGGAUGCGUUGGAAGCUGAGAUGAGAAAGAAGGCGGACGAGGAAAUCGCGGCGAGGACAAAAGAGUAUAACGAGAUCAUCGAGAAGCAAAAAAAUGAGCUGAAAAUAGAGAGAUUGGAGAUAGAGAAGGUAACUCUUUUUGGGCACAAACUGUCGAUCAACAUGUCAUUUUCAGGAUCUGAUUGACGGUGAUAGUGAGCUCAUAAAAAUCCAUCAAUCCUACCAAGACACACAACUUUUGGAGUUGGAAAAGCUUCAAGAACGGCGAGAUCGUCUUGUGGAAGAAGCGAGAAAGAGGGAUGCGGCUCGAAGUGCAGAACAAACUUCUGCACUUGUCACGAACCUUGAGGAGAAGAAGAACAUCGAAGCGGAAGUAGCGAAGAAGGCAGAGGAACUGUGUGAUAAGGUUUGAUUGUCUGCUAGUCAGGCACUUGUGAAUGGAGUCUUUUAGAAAACAAAACAUCUGGAAAUCAUCAAUAAUCUGGAGGUGGACGAUAGGAAAAAAACGUUCGAAACCCUCGUUAUCCGACAAUCGCAAGUGAAUUCUCGAUCGAUGAACAACCUAAUCGAGAAGGCGAGAGAUAAUAAUGAGAGGACUCAAGAAGCGUAUUUCUCGUGCCAAGCGUAUUUGGUCAAUGACAGUGAGUGGACCCCGGAGAAAGUUCCCAAAGCUCAAGAACGAUUCAAUACUCUCCAAGAGAAUUGCCAAAUUCAACGCCAACAGUUGAUAAGCAUGCAGAGAAGUCUGUGUGAGAUCGACGACGAUGAUCAACGAAUCAAGACGGACAAGCGGAUUCGAGUUGCCCAGAAAAAGCUGUUCGCGAUCGGAAAUUGCAUUGCAAGUUUUUUGGGAAGGUUAAUGGUUGGUCCAAAUCUGAAAAGUCGUCAUACACAACUAUUAUUGCCUAGAUCGGGCAAACACCAAGACACGAGGAGGACCAGCAGAAAUUAGAUAGUCUGAUGGUGCAAGUUUCAGCUAUUGUGGGUGUUCAGAGUGACGGAAUGUCGAUGAUAAUAUCCACACUUUUUUCCAGAUAACUGAUAUUGAAAACUUUAAUCCGAAACACGCACAGCUAAGAGACCAUCUUCAACCGAAGACUGAACAGAAGAAAGAACAAAUUGAGGGACCUUCGAGUAGUUAA